AUGGACAAGAAACUUACCGUGCAACCUGCUAUGGUAACAUUUUCAGCACCUUUAACUGAGCGCCAAGCAGUAGAUUUGGACAUAAAAAAUGAUUGGAAUAAAGCAAUCAUUUUUAAAAUGAAGACCACAAAACCGGAUGCAUUCAAGAUGAAACCUGUUUAUGGACUCGUUGAAGCUGGUGACAAGAAAAAAGUAAUUUUGACGUUAAAAAAAUGGGACCCAAGUAAGAAGCCAAAGAAAAGCGAUCACUUUACGAUUGUGAUGGCACCAGCGCCCGACAAGUGCAAUAAUCCUAUGAAAACUUGGAAAAGCUGGAAAGAGAGCAAAAGAUCAGAGGCAAGUAUUGGCGCUUGUCGUCGACAGGUGAAAAUAAUCUACAAGGGGAUUGCGGUGAAAGAAACGAAAAAGAAACCGUCCAAGGCUGAGGCGACAAAGGCGCCAACGGUGAAAGCCGAACAGAUUCAAGACAGAAAGGAGGAGAAAGUCGAAGAAGCCAAGGAAGGAAAAAAAGAGCAUGAGGCUGAGAAGAAGAUGAAGCGGAAGCCGAAGAAAGAAGAAGAGGAAGGUAAGGAGGAGGAGGAGGAGGAGGAGGAGAAGGUAGAAAAGAAAGCUACUAAGGGCAGAAAGGAUGAAGAAGAGGAAGAGGAGGGAGAGGAAGAGGAAGAGGAAGAAGAAGAUGAUGAGAAACCGAAGAAAAAAUCGAAAAGGGAAAAAGAGGAGGAUGAAGAAGCGAAAAAGAAAAAUGAGGAAAAUGAGGAUGGGAAGGGUAAAAAAGAGGAUGAGGGUGAUGAGGAAGAUGAAGGGGAAUAAAUUGCGACAGUUUAGUUGUGCUCCAUUUGUAUUUAAUUGUGGGAUAAAGUGAUGUAUGUG